AUGUCGCUUUAUUCAAUUUUAUUUUUUGUUUUUUUCCUGGUCACUAGGAUUUCUGCGGAUUGUCCUGGCGGAUCGACUCUAUCGGCUGAUGGUAAAUUGUGAGUUUUUCCAAGUCAAGCCGCAUCUAGUGCUUCAAGCAACAAUUUAUUCUGAAAUCCACGCUUUCCCAAUACUCAGAAAUCGUUUCCAGAUGCUACAAAGCCAUUCAAACGUCCGUAUCGUACCGUGAGGCCAAAACUUUAUGUGGCUUACUCUACGGAGGCCUGCCUUUGGUUCCAAACGCCUUCACUAACGCUUUUUUUGGACGGUCUUUUGAAUCGUCAGUUUCAAUUUUUUUGUUUAAACUAAACAUAGGGUGUCAGGUAUUUCCUUUACUCGGAACAUCACGACAUUCAUAGGUUUUCAAAAAAAUUCUCUAAAACUCAAAAAAACCGACUAUUUUUCGUUGAGAAAAAGGCUCAAAGGCUCAAUUUUAUCGCAAAGGAUCCAGGAAAAAAGAUCUUGGAGGCUCUGAUUUUGAAAAAUAAUCAUCAAAAAUUUGUUAAAAAAACUUGAGAUCCAAACUAAAUUGCCUUCCUUCCAAACUCUAAAGAUUUCAGAAGAUGGCCUGUUCUUUUCCUGGCUACCGUACUCCUAUUCUAAUGGAGCCUAUCGAACCGACGACGGUUCAAUGCCGACUUUCACUAACUGGGCACCAGGUGAAUCAAAUUGAAGUGAUCUUUUAGUCGUCUUAUGAAUUUCCGUUGCUUUAUCAGUGGAAGUCUUAUCAGUAAUCGUUUGACGGGAAAAAGGAUGAAAGUUCAAAAAAAUCACGGGGUCUCCGGAAAAAGCUUGGUUAUGGUCGUGAUGGCCUUUAGCAACUUCGAAUUAAAAAAACUUUCUCUUUUUUUAUUAAUCUUUAUUCGAUCGAAAUAAAGCAGGAAAAAAAGUGCUUCAUUGUUUUUCUUGACGAUCUUGUUUCCAUGUGACAGAAGUUUAAGAAGUUUUUUUGGUAAAGACAUCAAAAUUUUCCGGAACGAACUUUUUUUCAAAACACUCUCAAUUUCCUGCUAGCCUGGGAAAAAUUUUUUAGUGGCCACUAUAGGGUUUUUGACGUUUGAGUGGCCACUAUAGUAGUCAAAUUAGUCGACACUUAAGGGGUUGAAUAUUAGUGGUCACUAUAGAGGUCUAAGUGGUACUACUAGACCACUAAAAACUUUAGUGGCCACUUUAGGGGUCAAUGGAUCAACAUAACUGGUCCAAUCUGUUUGUUUUAAAAUUAUCAGAUUUACUGGAAAGAGUACUGGAUGAGAAUUUACUGAAGUGGCCCCUAAAACGAAAAAUAGUGGCCAAUAUAGAGGUGGGUUUAGUGGUCACCAAAGUGUCUUCUCCAAGUAGUCCUUGGCGAGCCUCUAUAGUGGCCGCUAAAAAUUUUCCCAGACUCUCCACUAAAAAUGAACGAGAAACUUCAGAAUCUUUUAUUUUCUUUUAAUCUUUUGCUAGCCGUGUUAUUGCCCUCGAGUAUUAUCAAUAUUGAAGUAAUUAAAAUGUCUCUCCUUAUACGAUUUUUCCGUUCUUUCAAGAAGUAUUUUCGAACUGAAUUCUCAUAAAAAAAUCAUUCCAAAAAAAAGUCUUAUCGAUGACAUUCAUCCAGGGGAACCACGACUCCAAAACGGCUACGCCGUCCAACUCCGCUCCAGUGACGGUCGUUGGACCACCACCACCGUCGACGCUCAAAAACAGCGUGAUUUGCGCUUUUUUUCGCCAUCAUGCGCUGGAAAUCAAGGAGCCACGACACCUUUCCCGAGGAACAUGACGACUCCACGAAUGGGAUACACGACUCCCGGACCAACGCCGAGCACCAAUCCUUGUCUUGCAAAAAUACAAAAAGUGAGAGUUUGACUUGGUUACGACAGUGGCACUGAAAAACUACUAGGCAAAGUCGGAAAGGGCGGAAAAAUUCUCCACAGAAAUGUUCCUUUUUGCUGCCCUUUUUGCACCAUUUUUUUGCUUCUUUUCCCAUUUUUCCAAAAAAAGUCUUCGUUAGAUUUUUUUCGAUGUUUUUUUAUUCAAUUCGAUGGAAGACAUUUAUUACCUAGUGGAUGGAAGAUGCACUGAAAGAAAAGGAGAGAAAUGAAGAAAAAUAUAUGGUUUGAAACGUAUGUAGACGGGUUUCUAGACGGACUCAAUACCUGAAAUGACAUGUUAAAAAUGCCUUCAAAAACCCGAAAAAAAUGAAAAGCUCCAUAAAGGAUCCUUUUUGCUGACUUUUUUUGAGUCUCUCCCUUCAAACUUUCCCGAGUUGUCGAAUAGACCUUAACUUUCAAAAACUGAAAGAUUUCAGCCAUGGUGAACCCUUGUUUGGACGAAACAUGGGAGUUCUAUCCGCGAACUUGCUCCUGCUACAAGGUUACCGUAUCAAAAAUUCCCAAAAAGUAAAAAGUUCCAGAUAGUGACGGCGACCUAUUUCGACGAAGCCCAGUCGACUUGCUACAAGUACAAUCCAACCGGCGGCCUGACUUCCAUUCACAGUGACGCCGAGGCGAUUUUCGUCAGCGGUGAGAAAAUUCGGGGGAAAAAGUAACGGUCAGUUCUACAGACUUGGCGAUAGCGGCCCAAGGCAAGGACGACUGGAUUGUUCGUGGCGACAUCCGUGACAACACCCUGAUCGGCCUUUUCCGACAAGCGCCCGACUACGUUUGGCGCAACGCCGACGCAACGCCCUACGACGGCUAUCCCUGGAUGUCGCCCUACACUUCUCCCAACGCCAACUAUGCGAUCGUCAGUUUUUGCUCGGUUCACAGUGACCCCUUGGGCAAAGGCCGCUAGAAGGGAUAAGCUCAAAAAAGGGCGCAGAAAGACAGCAAACCGGCGGCAAAAAGGUCGCAGAAAGGCACCAAAAUGGGUCCCUUUAUCGAGCCUUCCAUUUUCUAGGAUUUUAAAGGGUCAUGAAAUGGUGGAAAAAGGAGAGGUAGCAAAAAUUGUGCAUGAGAGCCGAUGAAAUGGCGCAAAAAGGCAGCAAAAAUGGAGCCGUUGUCACCCAAAAAGGGACACUUCUCUGGAGCCUUUUUCCACGCUUUCCGACUUCGCCUGUAUUCAAAAAAGCCGUCAGAGGGUAGAAAGGAUGAGUUUUGAAGAGACAGAGACAUAAAUGGAAUAUUCUCGAUUGGACCUGAAAAAAAGGGAAGGGAAUUUGGCAAAAAAACCGUAAAAAAAUUUUUCAGGGUGUGCGCUGGACGGCGCUAGUCAAUCCGAUCAAAAAAAUUCCUUUUUUUAAAGUUCAAUUGACUGGCAGAAGCGAUUUUUUUCUUAGUUAAUAGUGAUCGGAGGAAAAAAACGCUCUUUAUUUUCGGAUUGGCUGUCGCCAGUCAUGCUUAUCCCAUGUAUGGGCAGAAAUAAUAUAGAAAUCAGUGGAAAUCACUCAAAAAUUUCAGAAAUAUUCAAAAAAGGCAGAAACUUCAUAUAAUCAAUUUAAUUAUUCUCGCCUUUUACAUAGAUUUUUCGGUGAUCUGAUUUUUAUCGAUUAAAAAAACUAACUCAAUAUCCUUUUUCAGUUGAUCACUGCCAAUGCAAUCGGCUAUCGCGGCUUCGGCUCCACCAGCGACACUGAAGACUUCGAGUUCCGUAACGCCGUCUGCAAAUAUCCGCUUCAAUAA